AUGUUAGUCAGCCUGCACAGUCUCUCUGCUCUGUCAGUCUGCAGCAGCAGGGCUCUUCAAGGCUGCAGCAGGACUCCCUUCUGCAGCAGGACCCCCUUCUCGCAACCUUCUCACAGUCUCCCAGCUCGAGGAUGAUGGAGAAAGCCGGUCACAUCAACAUUGCAAUGAUAGAAGAUAUUGGCACCAACGGGACGGCCAGGUCAAAGGUCGUCACGGCCGUGGACCAGAACAACCAGCUGUGUGGCUCCACCGUGAGCUUCCACAACAUCCAGUACAAAGUGCAGCUGAAGAGCGGCUUCAAGAGGAAAACCAGUCCAAAGGAAAUACUGGUCGACCUCAAUGGGAUCAUGAGACCUGGCCUCAACGCUAUUCUUGGACCUACUGGAAGUGGAAAAUCUACAUUCUUGGAUAUCCUGGCUGCAAGGAAGGAUCCUUCAGGUCUCUCAGGAGAAGUCCUCAUUGACAGAGCACCACAGCCUCCAAAUUUCAAGUGCCUCUCUGGCUAUGUGGUUCAGGACGACGUGGUCAUGGGCACCCUGACUGUGAGGGAGAAUCUGCGUUUUUCUGCAGCUCUGCGGCUGCCUAGCUGUGUGCCUCAGAGAGAGAAGGAGGUUCGAGUCAAUCACCUCAUUAAAGAACUGGGUCUCACCAAGGUGGCGGACUCCAAGGUGGGCACGCAGAUGACCCGGGGAAUCUCUGGAGGAGAGAGGAAGAGGACAAACAUCGGUAUGGAGCUGAUCAUUGAUCCCCCAGUUCUUUUUCUGGAUGAACCGACCACAGGACUGGACGCUAGCACUGCUAACUCUGUCCUGCUGUUGCUAAAAAGAAUGGCCAGUCAUGGAAGAACCAUAAUUAUGUCCAUCCACCAACCACGAUACUCCAUCUACAGACUAUUUGACACUCUGACUCUGCUGGUUAGUGGUAAAAUGGUGUACCAUGGACCAGCGCCAAACGCAUUGGACUACUUCGCCAACAUUGGUUAUCCCUGUGAGCCCCACAACAACCCAGCUGACUUCUUUCUGGAUGUUAUCAAUGGAGACUCCACCGCUACAACCAUGACCAAAGUGCACGGGUCUGAAGAUUUGGACUUUGAGGAGCACAGCAGCUCCAGGCAGAGCAUCGAGGAGCGCCUGGUGGAGGAGUACAGGAACAGCAGCUACUCCAGCGACACAAGUGCUGAGCUGGACCGCAUCAUCCAGGAUAAGAAGUGUAUCUCAUUUUCAAAAUCCCGCACCAUCACCUACAACAGCUCCUUCUUCCACCAGCUACGUUGGGUGCUAAAGAGAACCUUCCAGAACCUCAUGCUGAACCCACAAACAUCUGUGGCCCAGCUCGGAGUCAACAUUUUCCUCGCCCUCAUCGUAGGAGCGAUUUUCUUCGGGGUCAAAGAUGAUCGGAGUGGAAUCCAGAACAGGAUGGGUGGCCUCUUUUUUAUCACUACCAACCAGUGUUUCAGCACGGUGUCUGCAGCUGAGCUCUUCAUCAUUGAGAGGAAACUGUUUGUGCAUGAGUACAUCAGUGGCUACUACAGACUGUCUGUCUACUUCCUCUCCAAGAUCCUGUCUGACAUCACAAUGCGCACCAUCACCUCAGUCAUCUUCAGCUGUAUUGUCUACUUUAUGAUAGGGCUCAAAUCCACAGCAGCAGCCUUUUUCAUCUUCACACUGACAGUGACUAUGGUGGCCUACACCGCCACAGCCCUGACCAUGGCCAUCUCCGCUGACCAGAGCGUCGUGGCUCUCGCCAACAUUUUCAUGACCAUCACCUUUGUCUUCAUGAUGAUUUUCUCAGGUCUCUUGGUAAACCUACCCAGCAUCAUGGACUGGCUGGCUUGGCUGAAGUACUUCAGCAUUCCACGCUACGGCCUCGCAGCCUUGAAGAUCAAUGAGUUUGUGGGUUUGAAGUUCUGUGAGGAGGCUGUGAUCCGAAACACCAACAUGUCGGCUACAGUGACCAACUGCUAUGUGAGCAUAGUUGGGCAGACAUGUACAGGAGAACAGUAUCUGGACUACCUGGGAAUAGAAUACACUACCUGGGGACUAUGGGAGAAUCACGUGGCUUUGACCAUUAUGACGUUCAUAUUCCUCAUCAUCGCCUACCUGAAACUCCGCUACAUCAAGAAAUUCACUUAAGUGUUUUAUUCUACUAUCUUAAGUUUGGUCUACAAGGAACCAAGACAGUAGAUAUUCACAAAAACAUUAACAAGUAAAGGGAUAGUAUGGCAUAUUGGGAAAACAUUUAUUGGCUUUUCUUUGGAUAGUUAGAUGAGAACCCUGAAACCACUCUCAUGUCUGUGCUACUGUAUUUAUGGCACUACUGUAGAGCCAGGAGGCAGUUAGCGUAGCUUUGCAUACAACUAGCUAAAGCAAAACUAGAUUUACCAGCUCUUAAGCUCACUAGUACCUUUGUUAAAUCCUUAAACAAACAACAAUUUAUCCAUCAGCCUGGCUGUUAUUUAAAAAGAAACAGCUACAGCAGGUACCUCCUUGUAAAACCGUAAAGUGUUGUGUACAGAUUUGACGAGACAUUUUAAGUAGUGAGCUAAAGGGUGUAUUUUUGAACUUUGAAUAGAGCCAGGCUAGCUGUUCCCCCUUGCUUCCAGUGGUUAUGCUAAGCUAAGCUAGCUUUAAUUGCUUCCUGUCUCAAGCUCUAGAUUAAAACUUGCAUUUAUUGUUUUUUUUUAGCACAGCUGUUUGGUGCUGAGCAGGCAGCUUAUGGUUAGUUUGUAGAGCUUUUUCUCUGAAAACAGCUGCCAGCUGUGUCCAAAAAUACGGUGAGCAUCAACCAAAACCGUAAGGUUGUGUGACAUAAAACCAAAACAUUGAGUUUAUGGUAAUUUGAUUUAUUGUUAAUAUUAAAAUAUUCAUUAGAGCAGCUUUAAUGUAAAGAUAUGAGAGUAUCAAUCUUCUUAUCUAAGUAAACCAGCAAUUUUUUUCCCCCAAAAUGUCAAACUAUUUCUUUGAGUGUGCCUACAGUUUGCACUUACAUGCAUGGAUAAUCUGUAGGCCUACAGGUAAAACACAUACCAGAAUGUAAACAUCAGUUUUAUCUUUAGCGAAAACCAAAAUCAAUACUUUUCACGAAGUAACAUCACAAUGUACUUUGUUUUUUACAUUGUUGGAGUGGUGUUAAAAACUAUGGUUUUACAGUUGCCUACUUCUGUAAGUUAAGUAAUCUUGAUCAUUCAGUUUUUGCACUAUAAUUGAAUUAAAUUGUUCUUGAUUUGAACUCAGCACUGAUUAUUCUCAAUUAUAGAUAUUGUAGAAUUAUAUUACAUAGUUUGUGUUCACUUUUUUCAUUGUUCUUUUGCAUUUAUCUUCUGAUA